AGCCAGCGGCGCCGGGUCUUCUUCACUUGUGAAUAUAAAACUCUUCAUCCUCAUGUUCGCCAUUAUCUCUUACAUCGACUCAGGAACGGUCGGAGUGUAAGAUCAUCGUGUGCAGAAGCUGUUAAAGUCCAGAAAACUCCAGAAAACGCCUCAAAAUGCGUGAGUGCAUCUCCAUACACGUUGGUCAGGCCGGAGUCCAGAUUGGCAAUGCAUGCUGGGAGCUUUACUGUCUGGAACAUGGAAUCCAGCCCAACGGACAAAUGCCUAGUGACAAGACUGUGGGAGGAGGUGACGAUUCCUGCAACACAUUCUUCAGUGAGACUGGAGCUGGAAAGCAUGUUCCCAGAGCUGUGUUCGUCGACCUGGAGCCAACCGUCAUUGAUGAGGUCCGCACUGGAACUUACCGUCAGCUCUUCCACCCUGAGCAGAUGAUCACAGGAAAGGAGGAUGCUGCCAACAACUAUGCCCGUGGACACUACACCAUUGGCAAAGAAAUCAUUGACCUGGUUCUGGACCGGACCCGCAAACUGGCUGACCAGUGCACUGGUCUGCAGGGAUUCUUGGUUUUCCACAGUUUUGGUGGUGGUACUGGUUCAGGCUUCACCUCCCUGCUGAUGGAGCGUCUGUCUGUAGACUAUGGUAAGAAGUCCAAGCUGGAGUUCUCCGUCUACCCUGCUCCUCAGGUCUCCACCGCUGUGGUAGAACCCUACAACUCCAUUCUGACCACCCACACCACCCUGGAGCACUCAGACUGUGCCUUCAUGGUGGACAACGAAGCUAUCUACGACAUCUGCCGCAGGAACCUGGACAUCGAGCGUCCCAGCUACACCAACCUGAACAGGUUGAUCGGUCAGAUCGUCUCCUCCAUCACAGCCUCCCUGAGGUUUGACGGAGCCCUUAACGUUGAUCUGACAGAAUUCCAGACCAACCUGGUGCCCUAUCCUCGUAUCCACUUCCCUCUGGCCACCUACGCCCCUGUCAUCUCAGCAGAGAAGGCGUACCACGAGCAGCUGUCAGUGUCUGAGAUCACCAAUUCCUGCUUCGAACCCGCCAAUCAAAUGGUGAAGUGCGACCCUCGCCAUGGUAAGUACAUGGCCUGCUGCCUUCUGUACCGUGGUGAUGUGGUGCCCAAAGACGUCAACGCCGCUAUCGCCCACAUCAAGACCAAACGCACCAUCCAAUUUGUGGACUGGUGUCCCACGGGCUUCAAAGUGGGCAUCAACUACCAGCCCCCCACAGUGGUUCCUGGAGGUGACCUGGCCAAAGUCCAGAGGGCAGUGUGUAUGCUGAGCAACACUACAGCAAUUGCCGAGGCCUGGGCUCGUCUGGACCACAAGUUUGACCUGAUGUACGCCAAGCGAGCCUUCGUCCACUGGUAUGUGGGUGAAGGGAUGGAAGAAGGAGAGUUCUCUGAGGCCAGAGAAGAUAUGGCAGCGCUGGAGAAGGACUACGAGGAGGUGGGAGUGGACUCAGUCGAAGGAGAGGGAGAGGAGGAAGGAGACGAGUAUUAGAUUGAACACAAAGUUCUGUCAAAAAAAUCACAUGUUGUUCAGUUUGACUCCAAAUUAAAAAGUCAGUAUCAAAAUCAA